GAGAAGUGGUAAUAUGGCGCCGUUAAGUGAAAAGAAAAUACCAGUUGCCAAAUCAAAGUUGUUUGUAAUAACAGUAAUAAAAAGGUUGCAUCUUGCCUAUAAAAUUAUACCUGCGACAUCUAUAGGAUGUCAGGCAUGAAUUGAAAUAUCCAUGAGAAGCCAUAUCAGUAUUUUAUUAUUUUCCUACAAAAACUAUAUCGAGAGAAUUUUGGCCAUUUAAAACCACACAGCAAUGUUAUUGUGAGACGACAAAAUAGUCCUCUGGUAAGAUUGUGUUACCUGCUGUCUCCUGCAUGUCUUCUGUGUAAAUUGUAGAGGAAAGUUUGUCUUUAAAUGAUCAUCUAUUUGGUGUGAACACAAAUAUUACAUGGAAAAUGAGCUACAGUUUUAGACCGAGAAACAAAAAUGUCAAUUCAAUGGACAUGUAUCCAUUGUGAGAGAUGACUGUCACCAUCAUUUCGUGGAGUUAAACUGGAGCUAAAUCAAAAAUAGAACUAUUGUUGCUACGUUAUUGGUGAUGUGGGAGGUUGUGUGUGUGUGAUUAAUAAAGUUAUGGGGUAUGGAUUUUCUUCUUUCUUGUCUUCUACAGCGUUGGAAACAUGUCAAAACCUCCAUUUAUGUUCAACUGCAUAGUUUGCAUAAUUUAGCAACUUGAAACAUGCUUGUAUCUUAAAUCCAAUGUUGUUGAUAUGCUUUAUUGUUGUUGACCCAAUUUUAUUCCAUUUGAUUAUUUUAUUUUAUAUUUUGAAGGGUAACCGGAAAUGGUACCUUCUUAUCCCGGAAACUUGAUUCGAUUAUUGCUUCUGAGUGCUCCACUUGACCUGUAAGGCAACUUUGUUUUCGUCUUUGUAUGAGAUUGUAUUGUAUUCGAAAUAUACGAUUGAAUCUUCACAGGCGAGUAAGUACACUAUUUAAGACUUUAGAUUAUUGUAGAAUAUUAUACGAAAGGCGCUGAGUCGAUUGGUUGGGGGGGAAAUUGUCUAAGUAAAACUUCUAACUUCGGCUCUCGUGGAUUGUUUUCUAGUAAGCUAACUAGGCUAAUUGAGUUAAAGUUCCACUCUGUCGGAUUCACCUGGGUGGCUCAUUGUGGACUUUGGAUGGAUUCUCCGAUAUUUCUCGAAUUCGGCGUGAUGGAGUGAGAAUGGGACGAGGCAGCGUGGAAAGUGGCUUCAGCCCUGGAGGCUGAUGCGCCGUCUCCGUGGGCCAGCCAGAAUGCACAUAGCGUCGUUGGGCGUCAGUAAGGUGGGCUUCCUGCUUUCCCUGCUGCUCGGCGGCCUCCUCUUGUUGCUCAUCCCGGCCUUCCAACCGACGGCCCGCCAGGUCGACCUGCCGCAGCCCAGACCUCAAAUCAAGACCUCAUCUUCCACUUCACACCACAAUACUGAUUCUUCUGCAGACACAGAAAGGCCCACCGGGUUGAAUAUAAGCUCACAAGGAUUGAACGGUACCAUAGAGACUGAACCUUCAAACAAUGACGAUUACAAAGAAAGUGAAAAAGAGCUUUCUACCCAUGAAGGACAAGGCCACAUUUUGCCUGGCCCUGGACCACGAGACCUGUUGGAAUUAAAGGACAUUUUUAUUGCAGUUAAAACCACCAGGAAAUACCACAAGUCCAGACUGGAGCUGCUGAUUCAGACCUGGAUAUCACGGGCUAAAGAACAGACCUACUUAUUCUCAGAUGGUGAGGACAAAGAGCUUAAGAUGAGAACAGGUGCAAAUAUUAUAAACACCAACUGUUCAGCAGCUCACACUCGACAGGCUCUCUGCUGCAAGAUGUCCGUCGAGUAUGACAAAUUCAUCGAGUCUCAGAAGAAGUGGUUCUGUCAUGUGGAUGAUGAUAACUAUGUGAUCCUACCAAGCCUGUUGCAACUGCUGUCUUCCUACCACCACAGUCAGGAUGUUUACCUGGGUCGACCCAGUCUUGAUCAUCCCAUAGAAGCUGCAGAGCGGGUCAAGAGCAACGGAAUGGUGUCAGUCAAAUUCUGGUUUGCAACAGGCGGUGCAGGUUUCUGUAUCAGCCGAGGUCUGGCGCUGAAAAUGAGUCCAUGGGCCAGUUUGGGAAAUUUCAUCAGCACCGCAGAGAAGAUCCGCCUCCCGGAUGAUUGCACCAUCGGCUACAUUAUCGAGGCUCUGCUGGAGGUCGCGUUAAUACACACGCAGCUCUUCCACUCCCACCUGGAGAAUCUUCAGAAGCUUCCUACUGACACUGUGUUGGAGCAGGUGACGCUUAGCUACGGAGGCUAUGAGAAUCGACGAAAUGUGGUCAGCAUCCUCGGAGGCUUUUCACUGGUUGAAGAUCCGACAAGAUUUAAGACAGUCCACUGCCUACUAUAUCCAGAUACUGACUGGUGUCCAAAAGCUAAACCUCACAACGGAGACUGACUUCCAGUGUGUCAUUUCAAGUUCUACCCUGCUCUCCUGUAAUCAAGCUACCUUUAGUUGGGAAUUCCUCACAACUGAUGCUUUAAUUCAAGCCUACCUCAUGAGUGUUUGAAAUGAUUGCAAAACACAUCUUUGAUACAAAGCCAUGCGUUCUCGAGCCCCAAGUGCUUUUGGAGCUUCUCUCAGAAUCCAAUGUCAAAUUAGAGACAUUUCCUGCUGAGGCGCUCGAGUGAGCUUUUAGUGAAAACAAUGAAGAAACUCAAACUAUGAUUAGUGCAUAGCAUAGCAUUGAAGAAAGAACUUUUUUUUUAUCUGUGAAGAGGACUUAAAAACACUAAAAAAGGAAAAACAUGUUUGGGAUUGUAGUCAUAGAAUUCAGAAAAUAAAUUAGCAAUCAUCUUACAAUUUAAUAGUCCCAAAACUAAGUGCUUUAAUUUGGAAAAUAAUUUUCUUGUCGUUCAGUUUUCAUAUGGGGAGGAUUAUAAAAAAAGGAGUACUGGAUGGUGUCUGCAAGAGGGAGGGGGGGACGGACGUUCAGGUGGUUCACAGAAAUGAACUCAUAUUUUGACUUAUUGGUUUAUUUACUGUAGUUUGCAAAAGCAUCUUUGCCUCAAUGCUACGGUUGGAGUGUUAAAACUUGUGAAAUACAUUUUUCUACAGACUUAUUUCCACCAAGCAGGACAGUUCAGUUCCUCUUGGUACACCUUUUUAUUUCUGUUAUUUAAACUUUUAUAUAAAUGGCCAUAUCCACAGUAUUGUAAUAUUUUAUUUUAAAAACAAAUGGGAAUGAUGGGUGAUGACUCAAGAAUGAGAUGAUGAGGUACAUUGCUUGUGAAUUUAGGAGUAUUUAGUUUUUGGACUAAUGGCAGCAAAAAUUGUAUUAUGGUGUUUUUAAUAUUGUUACAUAUCUUCGUAAUAUGAUCCCAUUGUACCUUAGGUAUUUGUGUAUUUUUAUUGCACUAUUUUGACUGCAUGUUUUGGGAGAUGCCUUUUAUCUAAAGUGGUUUUACAUGUGAUCAUUAAAUGUCAACUACGUACAGUAAUGGAAAAAGAAUCCAAAUAUGUACCAAUGUAUGUACGUAAUGCCUUUAAACGGUGUAUCUUAACAUUGGCUAUUCCUUUUUUUGUUUUUUUAAUAACAUUCGGCUGUGAGACUUCAGACAUUUGAUUGAACAAUGUUAAUAGCAUUUUCAUGAAGUUGGAUGCUCUUAAUUUUGACAGUGACUUUAUUACCAACAGUUACUGACAGUUUAUCUUUAUUACCAAAUAAAUGCAAAAUUUACAUUGUG